AUGGAGGCUCCGGCCCAGAACGCUGGGCAGGGAGGACUCCCCAAGGCUGAUUCCCAGGGAGCCUCCCCAGGCCGGCAGGAGAGGCCCGAGAAGGAACCGAGGUCCCUCGCAUUGGACCCAGGCGGGAAACGCCCCACUCAGAAGGGGAACCUUGGUGGAGGGGCGGCGGGCAGCAGGAAGACUCCCCACGGCGGGGGCUCCUGUAGCUGCAGCCUCGACGUGCGCCCUGGCCCACGGGCCUGGCACAGCGCCGGAGCCGGACCCCAGGCGCGGGAGCCCUGCGGCCCCGCCUGCCCGCAGGACCCAGGCCUGUUCACCCCCGAGGGCGAGGGCCCCUGUCGGAGCCUUGCGGGCGCUGAGGGCUCCGGCCACAGCUCUUGCCUGGCACGGCCUUUCAGAGCGCCCCGGGAGGAGGAGGCCCGUGUGUGUGACCACUGCGGCCACCGGGAGUGGCUCCAGAGCUGCCCGCGGGCUCAGCUUCGCGAAGUCCACUCGGACUGCCGGCCGUGCGCACGCAGGACCCUGCAGCCGACCCCCCUCCGGCGGGGACCCUCUGCGAAGUGGCCCCGGGCGUGCGCGUGCAGCGAGGCCUUGGCCUGGAGGGCCCCGCAGGAGCCCCGCCCGUGCGCCCGGUGCGGGAAGCGCUUCGGCCCCAAGGAGCAGCAGCAGACGGGCGCGGGCCCCUCAGUGUGUGCCGAGCGCGGCCGGGCCCCCGACCCCCCGGCCCAGCGGCCGUACGCGUGCGACGAGGGCGGCAAGGCCUUCGUGCGCUGCUCCGGCCUCUUCCGCCACAAGGGGACGCACCCGGCCCGGCGCGCCCUCCUGCGGGGCUGCGUGCCCUGCGGCCACUGCAGCCAGCCGGGAUCCCGACGGGGGCCCGCGGCCGGAGAGAAGCCCUACGCGUGCCCCGACUGCGGCAAGGCCUUCAACCACCGUUCGAACCUGAGCCGGCACCAGCGCACGCACAGCGGCGCCAAGCCGUACGCGUGCCUGCUGUGCGACAAGGCCUUCAGGGGCCGCUCGGGCCUGGUGUACCACCAGCGCGCGCACACGGGCGAGCGGCCCUACGUCUGCCCCGAGUGCGGCAAGGCCUUCCGCGGCUGCUCCGAGCUGCGCCAGCACAAGCGCCUGCACUCGGGCGAGCGGCCCUACGCGUGCGCGGACUGCGGCAAGGCCUUCGUGCGCAACUGCACGCUCGUGCGCCACCUGCGCACGCACACGGGCGAGCGGCCCUACGCCUGCGCGGACUGCGGCCGCGCCUUCAGCCAGCGCUCCAACCUGAACGAGCACCGGCGGCGGCACGAGGGCCGCGCGGCGCCCUGAUGGCCGGGAGCGGGGAGUGGACGCGGGGCGAGGGGCGGUUGUCCCCGACACCUCACAGACGUUCGCAACCUCUGUUAAA